CCAGGAAAGACGAUCUUAAUUUGAUACUAGUAUGGGAUGUUCUCUAUGGCAGCGCAAGAUGAUAAGGAUUUCGAGUGUGAACCGGUAUCUUACGCUAUGAUACUAUCGGAAAAACAUGCGGCAAUGUUGUGGUGGGCUUCCAACUGGUUGAUGUUUCGCAGCUGAUUACUGACAGUAAUCUCGGCGUUUGGAAGCUUGUUUUAUAUUUCAAGGAACCAAAAUAAUUCAGGUGAACAGUCUAAAUAUUUACAAGGAGAAGCCAAUAGAAAAGCAGCAACAUUUUAGUCAAGAAGAUCCUGACUGAAACUAGUGGAAGCUUUAAAAACAUAAGGAUAUCAUUUCUGCAACAGAUCAGAAAAGACAGGAAAUGCCAAAGACUUCUGCGUGACUGUGCGUGUAUACUAUGGCUCACAAUCAAAGGUUAGAACUGACAUCUGAGAAAUUAAGACAUCAGUAUGAGGGCCAGUUGAAUAAGUAUACAAAUGUUGUUAAAGGAUGGCAGUAUCGAUGGUUUGUUUUGAAUCCAGAAAGUGGCACACUGAAUUAUUAUUUGAAUGAAACUGAAAAAAGACAGAGACCAAGGGGCUCAGUUCACCUCGCUGCAGCUGUUAUAUCACCAAGUGAUGAAGACAGUAACACUUUCACUGUCAACUCAGCUAGUGGUGAAAUGUUCAAGCUGAGGGCAGCAGAUGCAAGAUCACGGCAAGAAUGGGUUAAUAGGAUACGUGCUGUAGCUGAAAUGCAUACAAUGGCUAUAGCUCAGAGUAAUCCACCAUUACCACCACGGGAGCACAUUUCCCUUGUACAUGCUCCAGCACCUGUUUCACAAGUGCAGUACUCUCUAGAGCUGCUUGAUGCAUUUGCUACGGUGCGUGAUCACAUACAUCGUGCAGAACAGUCUUGUCAGCUUAUGAGCCAGGAAAUUGAGGAGUUACCAGCUUCAGGGGCCCUGAGACACAAUGAUGAAAUGUUAUUACUCCUGAAAGCAACAAGUGUAGCAACAGUGAACUGCUUACGUCAGUGCCUUUCAAUUCUGGAGCAGCAGCAGGCUGCUGCUUCCAUUGCAGCCAAUAACUCGAAGAGGCAUCCACCUCCAAAUCGACCAAACAAUUCUCAUUUUGUGUCGUAUGCAGAAAUCAGCACAAACAAAAUAACAGUGCCAGGUGCAAAUAGUGGUGCCUUAACAUCAGUCUCUACAACUUCAUUGGAAAGCAAUACCAGCAGGUCUGGUACAAGUGCUUCAUCUCUGCCAGACUGUGUACCAUAUAGACAGACGGGCUUCAUAUCAUACCUGGAAGCACCACAUGAGAAGGAAGGUGUACCUGAAACACAACCAUGGCCCACAAAUUUAUCAUCACCACCACCAUCACCACCACCAUCACCAACAUCUGUCGAUGCUUCAUUAGAUGAUUAUAAUCCAGAUGAUGAAGUUACCGAUAAUGAAGAUCUAAGUGAUGGUGAUCAAGAUGACACUGAAGAACACAAAUCUGUUAUUUUGCAUUUGUUGUCGCAGCUGAAACUCGGAAUGGACCUAACACGAGUAGUUCUCCCCACUUUCAUCUUAGAACGGCGUUCCCUUCUUGAAAUGUUUGCUGACUGCAUGGGGCACACAGCUGAAUUUGUAAGGAUUCCUGAUGCAGAUACUCCAGAAGCAAGAAUGCUUGCUGUUUUAGAGUGGUACUUAACUUCAUUUCAUAUGGGCCGUAGAAGCCCUGUCGCAAAGAAGCCGUAUAAUCCAAUUAUUGGUGAAAUAUUCAGAUGCUCAUGGCGACUUGUGCUCCCAGUAGAUGAAAAACAAACAACAGACAACUCAUGCAAUGAAAUAACAGUUACAUAUAUAGCAGAGCAAGUGUCACAUCAUCCUCCUGUCACUGCAUUCUAUGUUGAAUGCCCAUCUAAAAACAUAUGCCUAAAUGCAUCUAUAUGGACCAAAUCCAACUUCUCAGGCAUGUCAAUAGGAGCAAAUAUGAUUGGAGAGAUAAAUCUUUACCUAGGCGUGCAUAAAGAAAAAUAUACAUUUUCACUGCCAGCUGUAUAUGCACGGUCUAUACUCUCUGUACCUUGGGUUGAACUGGGUGGCAAAGUAACUCUAACUUCCAGCUCUGGCUUCUCAGCCAACAUCAUUUUCCAUACAAAGGAAGACGAGAAUCCAUUAUCACUUAUCUCUCAGAUGACAGACACCCAGGCAAUUCAUGAAAACAGCGAGUUGCUUCAGCCUUUUUAUGGUGGAAAAGUAAAUGUUGUAACAUCAGAUGUAAAGAAUGAAACUGGAACUAUCAUAUGCAAGAUACAGGGAGAAUGGAACAGCCAUUUUGAAUUUACUUAUCCUAAUGCAGCAACCAAAAUAAUUGAAGUGAACAGCUUAGACAUAUAUAAGAAGAGGGUACGACCAAUAGAAAAGCAGGCAACAUUUGAGUCAAGAAGAAUGUGGCUGAAAGUAACAGAAGCUUUAAAAAAUAAGGAUAUCAUUGCUGCAACGGCUCACAAGAGACAGUUAGAGGAACGGCAGCGAGAAGGAGAACGGAGGCGGAGUGAACAGGGAGAGUCUUUUCCUACUUCUUUCUUCCACCAGAUCAACCAGUCUUGGGUGUAUAACAAUACCCUGUGUAAACUGUGAAAAUACUGCCAGAAAUUCCAUGGUGCAAACAGCUGUGUAUGGAACUUAAGACUGAAUGCUAUAACUACACAACUUGAAACAACGAACCUAAUGUAACAUAUCACUUGGAACAUAUGUCAUUGUUGGUUUCAAGCGAAAUCAAUGGAGAAGAACUGCAGUAUAACUAUAAGAAAGAGUUUUCCAUGUGUUGGCUAUAAAAUUUAUAACAUCUUAAUUCUGUUAAUAGUUUUGGAAUUGCUAACAAAUCAAUAAUUUAAUUAUUCAUUACUACAGUGACAUAAGUAUUGCAUUCUACACUGUACUUAUUUUAACUGGUACUAAUACAGAUGCUGUGUGUGUGUGUGUGUGUGUGUGUGUGUGUGUGUGUGUGUUUCAUCAGUGAUAAAAAAGAAAGAGAUUUUGAAAGUGUAGACUGUUGCAAAGCCAUCCUAUUUCUCCAAGACAUUUUAUCCACAGUGGAACAUAUAUGUAUAUAGAUCUGGAUUUUUCUCAUUAGAUAUCUAUUUUUUCUGCAUGGACACUGCAUUUGAAGGAUUGUUGUGCACUAAAGUUCAGUGAGUUUUAGGUUCUAUUUUGCACUGAAAAUUGUACAAUCUUCUCAGGAGUUAAAUUAUAAGUGUACUUCAUGGCAUGAAAUAGAGCUGCUUGAAUUUAUUUAAGUUAAAACAUAUUUGUUCUUGCAACAUUGACUGCCAGUUUUAUCUUACAUUGCCCUUUGUAACUACAAUCAGUGAUGUCUGGGCAGAUCUCCACUAAACUUCAUGAUACAAACAAACAUGUUAUUUUUACAGUGACUGAAUUAUGUUUUUAAGUUAUCGGUUCAUACAUUUUGAAAAAUGUAUUUGUAUUUGUCUUGCCAAUAACUUUGUCUUCUGCAUAUAUUUGGCACCAUGCCAUCGUGGUUAUGGCUGUGGCUGUGAUUAUUGAAGAUAAUGUACUUCAGAUAUCGUGAUGAUUAGGGAUUAAGUGUGUAACAUAGUAUAUUUAAGAUUGUAAUGAGUACAUUAUUUGUACUGUAUCAUGUACAUGUCAGCCUUUUUUUAUAUAGAUUUUAGUACAGUUUUGAAUAGCCAACCCCCACAUGCACCACCACCACCACCACCACCACCACCACCACCACCA